AGGUGAGGAGCAGCACUUGAAGGCGACAAGAUGCGACGACGUGCGUCAUGACUGACCUGCCGUCCAGCGCCCAGAGCCGCAGCAUAGCAUCAGUGCAGUCGCAUGAUAUAUGCAUAAAUAUAUGUAUAUAUGUAUUAUAUAUCUCUUCUUAGCAACACUUGAUGCCGGGUACCUUGUGGUCACGACCGCUGCCUUGUGAUUAUUCUCUCCAUCAUGACGUCGCACAGCCUGGGAGAUUACUGCGUUUUGCAGCGGGGGAGGUCCCAGAGUGACCCGAGCAGCACCACCGAGGUCCGGCUGGACGAGGCGCACCGAGCCGACGUAAUGGACCAACAGAGGGUGCUACAGUCCGGCUGCCUGGUCUCAGGGGUUCGUACGCCGCCCGUACGCCGCAGCAGCAAGCUGGCGAGCCUGGGACGCAUUUUCAAGCCCUGGAAAUGGAGGAAAAAGAAAAAUGACAAGCUGAAGCCAUCUGCAGCGGUGGAGAAGAAGCCAGCUUUACGACAGCAGCAAGAUGACCUCAUCAAGCGAAACCCCGGGGAGCUGGAGACAGAGUCAGAUCUUGCUUGUGGCGGUAACAGCGAGGAUCAGGACACCCCAACUCACUCAGACGGCGAGGAAAGAGAUGAGGAGCCCGUGGCGCUGCUGGCCAGCACCACUGAAGACGCAAGCAGUGAUUUAGAAACGUCAACAGUACAAGAUGUGUACAAGAUGGAGGAUCCUAAAACCCCGGCAGAGCCCACUCAGAGUGACGACGCAGACCAGGCUGUGCCGGUGGACUCCUGUGACGAGAACUUGCAGGUGGCGAGGGUGGAGGCCACUGAGAGCAGAAAGGAAGUGACCCACCCUCAGAGACGAGCCAGCACCCCACCAGGACCCAACCUGCCAGUCAGAGUUCUCACCAGACUGGGCAGUCUAGAUGGUGCACCUCCACUGAGAGUGAAAAAGUCCCCAGCGACCUUACCCAGGAACUUCACGCUUCCCAAAGACCCGCACGGCUCCCUGCUGAGAGGCCGGAUGCUGACUCCCACCGGCUCUCCCCACCUUGGCGGACUACAUUCUCAGCUGCCCCCCAGUUGCAUAAUUGAGGAACUGCAUCGUGCCCUGGCGACUAAGCAUCGAAAGGACAGCUUCCAGAUGACGGAGGUUCGUGCGUCUCCCAAGCGCAGACUCGACGGUCGCCUGUCACGCGCCUCCAGCACCGAGAGGGAACCCGGUUGCGAGCCGGAGCGCAAGAAGCAGUCCGACGAGAACAAGGAGAAUCGACGUCUGGACGAGUACUUCAGUGACCAGGACAGCUGGAACGAGUCUGUGAUCUCUGGGACCCUCCCGCGCAGGAUGAGGAAGGAGCUUCUGGCUGUGAAGCUCCGGAACCGACCGAGCCAGCAGGAGCUGGAGGACCGCAACAUCUUCCCCGUCCGCAGCGACCAGGAGCGCCAGGUCAUCCGUCAGCAGAUAGAGAUGAAGCUGGCCAAGAGACUGAGCCAGAGACCCGCGGUGGAAGAGCUGGAGAGUCGGAACAUCUUAAAACAAAGAAAUGACCAAACUGAACAGGAGGAGAGGCGGGAAAUCAAACAACGGCUGAACAGAAAGCUCAACCAGCGGCCGACGGUGGGCGAGCUGAGGGACAGAAAGAUCCUCAUUCGCUUCAGUGACUAUGUGGAAGUGGCCAAAGCUCAGGACUACGACCGGCGAGCAGACAAGCCCUGGACCAGACUGUCUGCUGCUGAUAAAGCCGCCAUACGGAAGGAACUGAACGAGUUCAAAAGCACGGAGAUGGAGGUUCAUUCUUCGAGCAAACAUCUGACAAGGUUCCAUCGGCCUUAGCAAGAUUUCUUCUGUGAAGAGCUGCUGAUAUUUGGUUCAGUGUGUGAAGCCCUUGCACAGAGUCUUCCAUGUGUACUGUCCCACAGUCUGUGGGUGUCCUGAUAUUCUGAUAUAUCCAGCAAACCUUGGAGGCUAUGUCUCUCGAAAAGAGCCGGCGAGUGGACAAGAAAGACCAAGCGAAACCUACUCAGAGGAGCACUGACCUUCAUUUUUUCUAAUCAAGACUCUUUUGAAAGACUUUCUUUACAACGCCACAGGGGGGCAAAGGUCCAAGCGGCCCGUUGGCCCAGUUCUUGUAGGAGAAGUCGUCACCCACCCCACCACCGUCCUGUCCCCCGACUCACACCUGGUUCAGUUGACGAGUUUCAUAUCGACAGCAUUAAUGUUCUUAAAAAGGAACCUUUGUUUGUGUACGAGACAACAACCCUUUGUAAGCACUAUUUAUUGUCUGCACAAUACAGGUUUUCUAUUUGUAA